AUGGCGUCAACGUCCAAGGAUGGUGUUCCCGACGGGGAUAAGGUCGCGGGUAAUUUGGGGGAUGAUCUUGAACCAGGUGCUUGCAGUGAUUCUAUCCUGAAUCCUGAAGAUACUUUUGAGGAAUUUGCGUCCGAGUUGACUCCGAACCUUCAGGAACGUAAUAUUCUCACAGCAAAAUCAAGCACAAUAAGUGAAAUUCAAAGUGAGAUUGGUGAAUGUUCGCAGUUACACGGGACUAAAUCUAGUGAUAAUUUACAGAGCAAAGAUGAAUCAAUAUCAGCAUCUACAAGUUCAUCUAAUCUUCUCGAACAAAAUGGUGAUGAAGCUGAUGAUAAAGAUGAUUAUCUUCGUUCACCUGAACUUGUUAACAAAGAAAAACAUGUAUUUAUUUUAAGCUCCGCCGGUAAACCUAUUUACUCAAGAUAUGGUAAUGAAGAUAAAUUGGCUGGAUUAUGUGGAGUUAUUCAAGCUCUAGUUAGUGUGGUUGAAGAACAGAACCAAGAUAUAUUAAGAUCCAUCAGCACUAAGGAUUGCAAAGUAGUAUUUUUAAUGAAAGGCCCUUUAAUACUGGUUGCUGUUUCUAAAUCCAAUGAAAGUGAGACACAGCUUGUCAUGCAAUUAACAUAUGCCUUCAACCAAAUAGUAUCAGUGCUAACACUAACACAACUGAACAGAAUAUUCGAACAACGUCGUAAUUACGACUUACGACGUCUUUUGUCUGGUGCUGAAAGAUUGAUAGAUCAUUUGCUGAUAUUCAUGGAGAAAGAUCCGGCAUUUCUACUCGGUGCAGUCAGAUGUUUACCACUACCAGAAAAAUCAAGAGAAAAUAUAACGAAUGCUAUAACAUCUACUUGUAAUAAAAUAAGGGACUUGGUAUUCGCUAUAUUAAUAGCUGGUAACCAAUUGAUUACUUUGGUCAGAAUGAAGAAGUACACUUUGCAUCCGUCCGACAUACAUCUAUUGUUCAAUCUGGUUAGGAGUUCAGAAUCGUUUAAAACCGCUGAGAGUUGGACACCUAUUUGUUUGCCAAAAUUUGAUGCUACUGGCUUCCUGCAUGGGCAUGUAUCAUAUAUAUCGGAAGAUUGCCAAGCUUGCCUCUUACUUUUAACCGUCCAAAGAGACGCUUUUUUCCCAUUAUCACAAGCAAAACAUACGAUUGCAGACAAAUUAAGACGCUCAAACUGUUUGGUUGCUAUUAACGACGCGUUGAACAGAAAUAAAGAACUACCCACAACAAAUCCUCUAAAACAUAUUGGUAUACCAGAAAUUAGGCAUUUUAUGUACAAAUGCAAAUCAACAGCACAACUUUUCACAUCGGAUCCCAUAUGUCUGGAUAAAUUACAGGAUUACAGACUUAGACAUAAGGAAGGUGGUGAUAUUACAGAGAAGAAAAUUACCAAGUUAUCUGAUAUAGAGCAUGUUAGAAAGUAUAGGAAGUUCUGUAGUCAAAUACAUUGUACAUCAACGCCGGCGAAAUUAAUUUUCAGGUCGAAUUCAGAUGAUACUAUUUUGGCAUGGAUAACAAACGGCUUUGAAUUAUAUGUUACAUUUGAUGCUCUCAUGGAAAAAGACCAAGCAAUCAGAGCAAUAGACCGUCUUCUGCAUUGGAUUAAGAGAGAAGAAGAGAGAAUAUUCAUAAUGAAUGCACCAACAUUCUAG